UGUGUAUGCGGCUGGAGGAGGAGGAGGAGGAUGGGACACUGCUGAUGCUGAUGCGAGAGCAUUCGCCGUCUGUGAUCAACAUCGGUGGUACUGACUGCCAAACGAUGGAGCUCCUUGGCCUCAUUUCACCCCUCGCUCGUUUCGCUGUGGUUUUCGACGAGGGCCGCUGAGACGGACGCGUUUUUGGGACGGGAACAAUAGAGGAAUUUGAGGAGGAAAGAGCGGUUUUCGUCUCGUCAUUCGUCUGGCCUGUCUUCUCACUGACACAGGUGGAUUUGCCGCUGGAAAAACGGCGUCGACAUGAAGAAUUAAUCCCGGACCGAGGCGACAAUUUCCGUAAUUAUCUCUUAAACCGUGACAUACUGAAGCUCAAAUUAUCGUUUCAUUUAUAUGAGAAGGGACGAAGGUGGACUGUUUGGCGUGUGGGCUAGCUAAUAGGCUAAUUUUCGCUAGCUAGUCAGUUAGCAGCUCCGGUGUCCAAUGGCACGAAAGAAGUGGGAUGCUCGAAGGAGGAGUUAACGGUAGUUGCUAGCAUAAAUUCAUUUGGGGGAAAGGCAGUCGGUGUUGCAUGUGGUAGUCCGCUUUAUAAUCGGAGAUUUAAUACACAGCUUGAGGUUAAUUACGGUCUGAGUCGCUGUGUUUCCACCGUUUCCUCGCAGCACCGUCGGCUCCUCAGCAAAUUAGCCUCCGAUGGAUACGGUUCGAUAAUCGGCUAAGAAAGCUAAUGUUGACAAACACUCGUGACUCGACGCGUUAAUUCUUAACUUUAUAGUGCGGCUCUUUGGCAGAGAUGCUGCCGGUUGUGUUUAUCGGUUCAGCUCCGAGACGUUAUUUCGGUGAUUUAGUAGUUUCCUGGUCGACGUGAAGCAUGUUGCUGAUGGAUGUGCUCAAGCUAAAACGUUCGGCAACAUCAACCAGGACUGGACCUGCCAUGACGGAAGGGGACGUAGUGAGUCAGGACGCAUUCACAUCAUAAUCUGUAAGGUUGAAAAAUUAACAUGACUGCUAAAUUUAGGUAACGUCGUUGUCGAGAUGUGGCUGUCAGAAGUUAAACCUACAGGUACAGUUUGUUAAACCGUUGUCAGACUAACUAUUCGUCUUCUUUACGUUGUUAUUUAUUAAAUCACAAUAUCUGUCAGCGUAUUUUAACUGUUUACGUGAGAACAUGAUUGUACGAAGUCCACACUUGGUUUAUGGUUUCAUUGAAGACGUGUAGUGCCAUAUAAAAGCAUGGCAUUAAAACUGAAGAGCUGGAUCUUGAUUACAGCAGUGAGAUAAAACGUCUGAAGCUCUCCAAAGUUCGCGAGAGGAGGACUAAGCCAGUCUAAAUGGAACCGACAAUUCUGUCUGGCCCUCUGGGGCACACACAGUGGGAGUCAGAACAGCCAUUUCCUCUUGGAUUUCAAACACUGGAUACAGACAAUGGAGGUGUGCCCUGUCAAAGCCAGAGUGGUCAGACAGGUUUGGAUUUCAGGAACCAGGAUCAGACAUCCCACCUAAGUGAAGCAGGAAAGGUUGAUAAACCAGUAGAAUUGGACAAGCUCAUAAAUCAGUUGUCUUGUGGAGAAUUGCAAUUUGAGGGAGAUCACUCCCCUGUUUCUCAAGCUUCCCUCCAUAUAGAGGACUUGUCUUACACAGAAAAAAUUGAGGGACUUGAUGAAAUCAGUGACAGCACUUUAUCGUGGCUAUUUUCUCCCAACUUUCCUGAUGUGAUUGGGAAAAAUUAUGCCUCUAAGGAGCUGAAUCUUACGCAGGAUUCCCCUCUCGAGGACUCAGAUGUGUACAGUGGUCAGGCUGAGCUAAUAAACCUCAGUGUGCCCGCUUCUCCGGUGAAGAUUUCUCAAAGGAAUUCUGAAACGAAGACAGGGGAUCCAUUUUUAUUAGUAGAUUUCCUCUCUGAUCAACACCCCUGCCUCACCCCAGAGUCUAUAGGUGAGUUGAACCCACAGGGUGUCACUGAAGAGGCAGCAGACCUGUCACGAGAUGAACAGGCAGGCCCCCCUCCCUCACAGAGUAUGGAGACUUUGUCACCUGAAAUUGGAGACAAAGGUUCAUUCCCUGAUCAAGUGACUGAUCUGCUUGUAACCAGUAGCACUACCCUGGAAGGUUUACCUGACAGCUGCCUCCUGCAGAACCACAUCAGCACACAACUGGAGUGUUUUGAAGGAUCUGUGCCUUUGUUGGAUUUUGAGGUUCCAGAUAUCGACAGCAGUCUGAGUUUGUGCCCUGCUAGUCCUGCCUCUGUUAUCUGCACGGACGCUCCAUCAGAUGUAUCAACAGAGGCGUCAGAGGUGGUACGUGCAGAAGCUACUGUAACUGAAAGUCUUACUUCAGAGCCACAAGGUGAGAAUGACUCACUUGCUCCGCAUUUGUCAGACAAAACUUCACCGCUGACACUGCCUCCAGCUGAAGAUGCUCUCAUUCAGGGUGAUUUCACCAGUGAGAGUUGUCCUGUGGAGAACGCGUCUAAGGAUUUGAUGGAAGACGAAAUUUUUUCUGAAGCCAAAAAUCAGGGGGAAAUGGCUUUGGAUCCAUGCUUGAUUGUUGAAGAAGUCCGUGAGGAAGAAUCGUGGGACUUGAAGCCGCCCGAGGAUGCACAGAGAGGAGGUGUUCCUGAUCUGACAGCUGAGCAGAGGGAAGAGGAGAGGCCGGCAAACAACAACCAGCUGGAGCUUUCAGAUUGUAAUGAAGUGGCACCUUUUGAUUUUUCAGUUCAGGACUUGAACACCUCUUCUCCUGAGGCUGGAUGGACUAGUGAGCAAGCUGUGGAGACACUUUCCCUCUCCAAGAUGGUGGUAGAUGACUCACUGCCAAUGGUCUCAGCUGUGAAUACGAGGGAGGAAGAUGUCUCCCCGCUAAAAGCUGUCUUCGACGCUUUAGACCAAGAUGGAGAUGGCUUCGUUCGUAUCGAGGAGUUUAUGGAGUUUGCUGCUGCCUACGGUGCUGAUCAGGUAAAGGAUCUGACCAAAUUUUUGGAUCCCAGUGGCCUCGGAGUGAUCAGCUUUGAAGACUUUCAUCGUGGAAUCUCUGCAAUUAGCAACGGAGGACCAGAGCCGCAGCUCUACAAUGUAAACUACAGUCCAGGGGAUGGAGCUGUGGGCUGUCCUGAGGAGUACGAUGAGCAAAAUGAGGUGACAGACAGUGCAUACCUGGGCUCCGAGAGCACUUACAGUGAGUGUGAGACCUUCACUGAUGAGGACACGGGGGCCCUCGUACCACCAGAGAUGCACGAAGAUGUGGAGACUGACAGCGGCAUCGAGGCGACGCUGCACGACCCUGAAGAUGGCGGAAAUAGGUUUUCUCUGAACUCUGAGCUCCAUAACCACUCCCUGGUCACUGUCAUCGGUGGAGAGGAGGAACACUUUGAGGACUUUGGGGAAAGUAAUACCUCAGAGCUGCUUCUAGAGACCAGCGUAGACGGGCCGGAGGGGGAGGGUGACUCACCCCUCACACAGCCCCCUGAGCAGGUCAAUGGGUCAUCACUGCUCUCUCCCAGUGCACCCGCUUCUCUCCCUGACUGCUUUCAGAGCUUCCUCAGGGAGGAGGCGCUGGACUUUUUCUGUAGCCAGUGUCACAAACAAAUAAGUCGACUCGAGGACCUCUCCACUCGUCUCAAUUUCCUAGAGAUGACUAGUGCUGGCAAGAGGCUGUCCAGCAAGAAAGUCGCGAGACACCUCCUUCAGAACAGCUCCAUGACUCUGGACACCAUGAGUGACUUAACGCGGGACAUCCUGGAGCUCGCUGACAACGACAUCACAGACAAGGUGCUCCUCCUUGAGCGUCGAGUGGCGGAGCUGGAGAAGGAGUCUGAAGCGUCAGGAGAGCAGCAUGCUCGACUGCGCCAGGAGAACCUUCAGCUGGUGCACCGGGCCAACGCUUUGGAGGAGCAGCUGAAGGAGCAGGAGCUCUACGCUGACGAACAACUGCAGCAGGAGACUCGUCGUCACAAGGAGGCCAUGUCCAAGCUGGAGAGAGAGCGGGGGCUGGAGCUGGAAAACAUGCAGGCCAGGCUGCAGCAGCUGGAUGAGGAGAACAGCGAGCUGAGGUCAUGUGUUCCUUGUCUUCGAGCAAACAUCGAGAGGCUAGAAGAGGAGAAGAGGAAGCUGCAGGAUGAGACGGAGUCAAUGACCGACAGGCUUCAGGACGAGACGGAGUCCCGCAGGAAGAUGGGCGACAAGCUGAGCCACGAGCGCCACCAGAGCCAGAAGGAGAAGGAGUGCACUCAGGAGCUGAUUGAAGACCUGCGUAAACAACUGGAGCACCUGCAGCUGUACAAGUUGGAGGCUGAAGCAAAGAGAGGACGCACGCCUGGUGCAGGGUUACAGGAGUAUCAGACCCGCACACGCGAAGCCGAGUUGGAGCAGGAGAUCAAACGGCUCAAACAGGACAACCGCACUCUGAAGGAGCAGAAUGACGAACUAAACGGCCAGAUCAUCAACCUGAGCAUCCAGGGAGCCAAGAAUUUAAUGUCGGCCUCCUUCUCUGACUCCCUGGCAGCCGAGAUCAACUCUGUGUCUCGUGCAGAGCUGAUGGAGGCUAUUCACAAACAGGAGGAGAUCAACUACAGGCUCCAGGACUACAUCGACAAAAUCAUUGUGGCCAUCAUGGAGUCCAACCCCUCCAUCCUCGAAGUCAAAUAGACGCCAUAGGCUUACAGUGACACCACAGGCAACCAAGAGAGGAUGUAAAAAUAUUCAUUUUGGUAGGAAAAAAAUGACGACAACGCACUCAACUCCUCCCCAGAAAUGGAAAAAUUGAAGAUUUCUAAGAAGUCCAUGGCUGUCAGUGAAAAAUAAGCUGUUUUUUUUUUUUUUAGUUGGAUAUCCCUCGAGUCUGUGCUUGUUUGUGAGCGUACGUGUUGGCCUUCCUGAAAACACUCGGGUUCCGGUGACUUCCAUGUAUUUGGCUGGAGGGACCUGAGUCUGCCCUGUUGAGCGAGUGAAUGUGUAAAUGUUUUGGGCAGCAUCAUAAAGAGUAGAAUAUUUUCCCGUCCCUUUCCAAAAAGCAAAAGUGUCAACGUUUGAUUGAGCUAGAAAAACGAUCAGACUAUUUAUACCUAAAGGCCUUAACUGAAAGGUGAUCAAAGUAUUCAUUGACGAUGCGUACACCACACAUGCCUCAGUGCAGGCGGUCUAGUCUCACUGGCGGUAUGUGGGCUGAGAUCUCCUGCACCGCGCUGAAUCGUGUUUUGAUCACAAAGCCGCAUGAAGCUCUGGUCAGGAGGAAAGUAGUCUUUAACAUUUUUAGAGCUUGCCGUGCCGCCUGCGUUCUGUCCUUUAACCACGUUCAGCUGUCUUUCCAGUGAACCCAAGUGAGGGACGUUUCUGCUGGAAAAGCCUGGAGGGUUUCGUUUGUGUGUGCCGUUUGUGUGAGGUGUUCCACAUUCAUCUUUUGCUCUUAAGCUUUUGAAGAAGGUGGGUGAAACUAGGAGGAGCGGCACAGUGUGAGCUCGUUUUCUAAUUUGCUUCAUCGUUUAUUUUUACAAUGAAACAGGGUCCUGGAGCUCAGGUGGGCUGGAAGCCUCAAGGGGAAAAGACACUACAUCUCCCAUCACUCCCUGGCACAAGCAUUACAUAACUCAAACUUAAAUUAUUGACUGGAUAAUGGAAGAAAAAAAACGGCUUAAACUCUCCAAACACUUGAAUUAAGCUUGAAGGGAAACAGGUGAGUGAUCCUGGAAGUUGUAGUUUUAUUUUUUUUACAGUGCAGCCCACCUGACUCCUGUGUUCUCUUGCUGAGUGAAAGUUGUAGGGAAGCUUCUCCAACAUGUUUUGUUUUUUUUUCUCCUGCACAAGUGUCAGUAAAAAUGUUAUUGAAACGCUGACAUUUGACAGCUUGUAUGUGAAGAAUCAAAUGGUUGUAUUUUUGCACUACGUUUUGUUUUUGUCGAUAGAAAAAAGUGUUUAUUGUGAAGGGAUCAAAUCGUAAAUGAAGAUCAUAUCGAAGCCUAUGUGAUGAUAAAAAGCAUCACCUUAUAACAAUACAUAUUUAAUUGGAUUUACUGAAGAGCCCAACUGAAUAUCCUGCAGCCAUAUCUAAAGAUUAGUUGAAUCCUCAUUUGUAUACUGUAUUUUUUCAGUCGUCAAGAGUUCAAAUGAGCUUCUCGCUGGCUGACUGUCAGCUUUAUCUUGACCUAAUCUGCAUAUAUCAUUGAGGAGUGGUGACAGACCUUGGUAGCAAUAAUGCUUGGCAAGAAAGUGGACAUCGGUGGAGGGCAGAUUUAUAAAGAACUGCUCCGUAUUUCCUCUGCUGAAGCAAUUCCUGCUUUUUGCUGUAAAUCAAAAGUACAGCACAAUGAUGUGUGGACUGAUUGCGUGCUUAAUCGGUACUGUGCAGCCGUCUUUCAAUGCUUCUGGACGUCUCUUUUCGGCCUGGAUAGUGGACAUUUGCGUUGGAUUUACACGCCAGGCAUCUCGAUGGAUUUCUAUCGCUGGAGACGGGGAGGUUAUUUUUGUCCAAACAGCACGGCGUUCUGCACCAAUACGCUCAGAAGAAUUCCUAUUUUUCACCCAGUUCACCUCCAAAUCUCACUGCUCUUCUUCACCUGCCACUCCGCGGAAAAAAAAAAUGGCCUUGGAUGUAAAUGACUUGUACAUGUAAAGUUUUUUCUACACUCACUCUAGAUUCUAGGUAUUUUUAUAGUGGGGGAAAAGAAAGGAGCGUUUCUUUUUCUCGUCUUAUGCUGAGAGACAGCUGCCUGUAUUCUUCUCUAGCAUGUAGCGUGUACAGUAUCUGUUGGAUUCUCAUUAUUUUUCUCUCGUUUUGAAAUCACAUGCAGAUAUUUAUUCAACUCACAACUGCGAUCUGUUCUGCUGAAAAUAUGUUUGUACAUUUUUGAAUUCACGAGGGGAGAUUUAAUUCGCAGCGGGUGAGUUUCUGGGAGAAUUUAUUGAUUUAAGGGAAACUUUUCAACGAGGAAAGCUAUGUCGUCUCUUUGGGGUGAGUCGCCGCCGUGUGCAAAAAGCUUGAAUGUGACCUGGGUCGUUUGUUGAGGUCCGUGCACUCUUCCGAUAACGCUGAUGUUGCUUCGACCUCUUCGGGGGAGUGAUUUAGAUAAGGCACAGCGUGCAGUUUCUGCUGUUGUCUUCCCAGAUGGAGUCAGGUACUGCAUGGAAACACAGAUUUCUUUAUUGUAUAUUUCUGAUUCACUUAUUCGACUGACAAAUCAUACGCUAUAACAUCCGUCAGUGGAGUUGUAGGUUGUGAGACCUCGUAAUGACACCUUAAACCUCAUAUCCAGGCUUGCCGAGUUCAGCUUUCUGCCUUUUCCGUGCGACUGGAGGUUUUCCCAGCGGAUUUAUUUCUCUUCAACAAUGAAUCGUUUAUGCUAAAUAGCGGUAACGGGAUGACACCGGCGGGCUUUUACUACACUUAAUUCUCUCCUCGAUUCAUAUUUUUAUCGUCUGUUUCUGACAGAUAGUUUGAGGAUUGGCAACAGUAUGAUUAGACAGCGAGACCACAGAGCUGAUAAAACGUUUGCACUUUAACCGGAUCUGAUUUCUCCAUUUUAACACCUGUUUUUAAAACGACCAAAGAUAAGACGUCUGGACCGAUCACUUUAUCAGGGUUCGUGAUCCCACUUUUUUUGGUAACACUUGCCUCUUCUUUACAAAUCACAAAUCAACAGCUUGUCCUGGAAGAAAGAAUAAGAACUGGCCUGCUAGUCUAAACACUGUGCCUCUGUGUCUCAAACUUUGCCUCUAAACUAACCUGAUAUUGAGCCCUGGGAAAAGCACUGACCACGUGACUGUCAGUUUGUUAAAUUAUAUUGAUGAAACGGAAACUGUAAAUAUGAAUUGUCAUUUUUUUGUGGACUUUAUUCUUUUCUUUUCCUCUCACGCUCACUUCCAGUGUCCAAAGAAAGUUUGCUCAAGGCACAAACAUCACUACUGGAGUAGUGCAUGGCUUGCCAUUAACGUGACAUGGGAAGAUUAAAAAGAGAAUAUUGUAGAAAAGAGAAACUGUACAACUUAAAUUUAUGCCUAUUUUCAAAGAUAAAUGUAUAAAUUAUAACAGUAUUGGUUACAGCUGUAUAUUAUUUUUGAAGAUCCCCAAAAUGAUCUAAUCCUAAUUGUUACUGGGGAAAUAUAAUUUCAGUCAUUGUAAAAAGAGACAAUUUAAAGGUAAGCAGUGAAAGUAAGAUUAGAAAAAUAAAUGGAAUAAAAGAA